UCCCUUGCGGCUCGUUACCUUUUUUUCGUUCGUCCACUUGAGCGAGUUCUGCACCUACCUGGACGCAAGUGUUGAAGGCUUUUUCUGGAACUUUAUGCCAAGUCCUGCCUAGCUUGAACGGGCUUACUGCCGACCGCAAAGCCACCCUCGUUUGACAAGCUCCACCGCAGUGAUCUUGACCAUAGUUCGAGCCGCAGAACGCCGCGUCCCCGGUUAUGAACGCCGCUUCGACAAAUGGCGAUUAUGAAUGGAUCGAGGAAGAGUACGUUCCUCCUCCUUCGCAGAUGCCUUCGGAACCCAGGUGUUACGGCGAACGAAACAGCGGCGGUGAAGCAUCCGCAGGUCGGGGCCGUGGCCGGGGCAGCUGUGACAGACCCAAUGCACCACGCCGUGAUUCUGAAGAGUUCAUGGUGCCGGCCAAAGACAUCGCUAGAAUCAUUGGCAGAGGUGGCUCCAGGAUCCGUGAACUCCAGGAUUCCAGCGGUGCGCGCAUCUGGAUCAAGAAGGACGACGGAGAUAACAAUUACUUCGAAACCAAGGUCGAGGUCUCGGGCCCCGAAGAGGCGCGUCGCAAAGCUCGCGAGCUCAUCGACGCCAUCGUCAAUCCGCCCGAAGAACCAGCGUGCACCAACAAAAGCGAAGAACCGCUGCCUCUGCUCGACUGGGCCAAGCUGCUUGCCAAGAGCGACGAAGAGACGAAGAAGCGAUGGGCCUCUCUCGCGCCGAUAGUGAAAAACUUUUACGUCGAAGAUCCUCGAGUUGCCUGCAUGCCCGUGGCGGAGGCGGCAGCCUUCAGGACAGAAAACAAUAACAUUGUCGUCAAGUAUUUGGGCCCGGGAGGCGAGCCGCCAUCAGACGUGGCAACCAAUCCCGUGAGAACGUUUGAGGAAGCGUUUUCGAACUACCCGGAAAUCUUGGACGAGAUCUACAAGAACAAGUUCGAGAAGCCGUCCCCCAUUCAGAGUCAGGCGUGGCCGAUACUGCUUCAAGGUCAUGACCUGAUCGGGAUCGCGCAGACGGGUACGGGAAAGACGCUGGCAUUCCUGCUGCCGGCCAUGAUUCACAUCGACAACCAGCCCGUUCCGAGGGAGGAGAGGAAAGGUCCUUCCUGCCUGAUUCUCGCCCCGACGCGCGAGCUCGCUCAGCAGAUCGAGCGCGAAGCGAAGAAGUACAACUACCGAGGCAUCAGGUGCGUGUGCGUCUACGGUGGCGGCAGUCGCAGGGAGCAGAUACAGACCGUCAACCUCGGUGUCGAGAUUGUCAUCGCAACUCCCGGACGCCUCAACGACCUCGUCAUGAACAAGAUCAUUGAUCUGAACUUCGUCACUUUUCUGGUGCUGGACGAAGCGGAUCGCAUGCUGGACAUGGGCUUCGAGAUACAGAUCAAGAAGGUGAUGCUGGACAUCAGGCCUGACCGGCAGACGGUCAUGACCAGUGCAACCUGGCCAGAAGGUGUGCGUCGCCUUUCCGACCAGUACAUGACAAACCCGUUCCAGGUGUUCAUCGGUACCUUGGACCUGGCCGCAGUGCACACAGUGACCCAGAAGGUCAUCCUCUGCGAGGAGGAGGAGAAGAGAGACCAGCUUCUGGCAUUCUUCGACUCCAUGCUACCCGACGACAAGGUGAUAGUCUUCGUCGACAGGAAGGCAACGGUGGACCACCUGACGAGCGACUUUGUCCUAGCUGGCAUCAACUGCGAUUCCAUCCAUGGGUCUAGGGAACAGUGCGACCGCGAACAAGCGUUGGAGGAUCUACGGAGUGGCCGAGUGCGCAUCUUGAUUGCCACAGACGUCGCUGCGCGGGGGUUGGAUAUCAAAGACGUGACGCACAUCUUCAACUACGACUUCCCUCGCAACGUGGAAGAGUACGUCCACCGUGUCGGCCGCACAGGUCGAGCUGGCCGUACAGGAGUGGCCAUCACGCUCAUAACUCGUGGCAACUGGAGGCAGGCCCGUGAGCUGAUCAGUAUCCUGGAGGAGGCCAGCCAAGAGGUCCCAACCGAACUCUACGCGAUGGCCGACCGUUUCGAUGCCUGGAAGGAGCGACGUGCCGAGGAAGAGCGCAGCUUUGGCGUUGACCGAGGUAGCCGUGGCGGUGGAUUCCGCCAAGGAGGAAGAGGUGGUGGCGGUGGAGGUUGGGGUGGCGGUGGUCGCAACCGUUGGUGAAAGAACAGUAGCUGUGAUUUGGUUGCGAUAAGUUCAUUGUAAAUCAGCGUCAUGCAGCAUGUGUCAUCACACCACUGUACAAUGUUGUUUUCUAUUUGUCUUUACAGUUAUGUUUUUUACGGGCAAGUGACAAUAAACAUUUGAUGCACCUUG